CCUGGCCAGUGCGAUCUGUCUGUCCGUCCGCACUGUCCGCUUUUAGGUAGCGCGCGAGCGAACGAGGGCGAACGUGUGUGAUGUCAUCCACUGUCUGCCGUGUCUGUAGUGCUCCAGCGGCGCAGCGCUGUGCCGGCUGUCAGCAGGUCGGGUACUGUGGCCGCGACCAUCAGCGGGCCGAUUGGAAGGCCCAGCAUCGUGACCAGUGUCGUCGGUUCAAAGUUGUACGCAAUGAUCGGCUUGGGCGCCAUCUAGUGGCGACGAGACACAUCAAGCAGGGUGAAAUCAUCUACCGAGAUGAGCCGUACGCGGUCGGGCCGAAGAUAGCGAACGUGCCGCUCUGUCUCGGCUGCAACCGCAAUCUGAUGACCGGUUGGGAUGCGACCCGCGGGCUCGGCCGCUUUCACGAAUGUUCCCGGUGCGGUUGGCCGCUUUGCGGGCCGAGCUGCGAGGAGGCGGUCCAGCACCGGCCGGAGUGCAGUGUGCUGGCGGGCAGCGGCUACCGCCCCAACAUCCGGCCCAACCCGUCCAAUCCCGAGCAGCGCGAAUCGGCCUACUGCGUGAUAGUGCCGCUACGCGUGCUGCUGCUCGAACGGAUCGCGCCCGAGCGGUAUGCAACGGUGCAGGGGUUCGAGUCGCAUCUGGACGAACGGUUGGCUAGUCCGCUGUACGGCGUGUUGCGCUCGAACCUGGUGCCGUUCCUGCGCCAGGUGCUGCGACUGCAGCAGUACAGUGAGCAGACGGUGCUGCAGCUGAGUGCCAUCCUGGACACGAACUGCUACGAGAUUCGGCUGCCGGAGCAGCAUGUGAAGGUGCGCGGGCUGUACCCGCUCGGUGCGAUGCUGUCGCACGACUGUCGCCCGAACACGAAGCACUAUUUUGACGACCAGCUGCAUAUGGUGCUGGUGGCGACGGUCGACAUCCCGGCCGGUGGUGUCAUCCACGCGUCCUACACGCAACCCUUGCUCGGGACGGUUCAGCGCCGGCUUGCCCUUCGGCAGGCAAAGUGUUUCGACUGCUGCUGUGAGCGGUGCGCGGAUCCGACGGAGUACGGCACGAGCGCGGGUGGAUUCCGAUGCCCCAACUGUCGCCGGACGCCGAGUCUUGUGCUGGCGGCGGAACCGACCAACUACCGGACCGUUUGGCGCUGCCAGAACCGACGCUGCGCGUACCAGGAGCGGCCGGACCAGUACGUGGCGCGCUGCGAACGAAUGCAACAGGAGCUGCUCGCGCUCGAUCGCACCGAACCGUCCGGUUACGAGGAGUUUCUCGCCCGCCACGCUACCACCCUGCACCCCUGGAACGCGUACAUGCUGCAGGCGAAGUAUGCGCUAACGCAGCUGCUAGGCAGCGCCCGCCCAGCCAAAGCACCGCCCUCAGAAGCUGCCUCUCGGCGAACGGUGGAGCUGUGCCGCGAUUUGCUGGCGGUGGCCGAUCGGCUCGAGCCCGGUUACAGCACCUUCCGUGCCAAGCUGCUGCUGGAGCUGGGGUCCGCACUCGCCACUCUACAUGCGCUCGGCGUCUUAUCGGAUCCCGAACGACAGGAAUGGCGCACGGCAAGAGCCGAACUGGAGUGCAUUGCCAAAACGGACCCAACCGUGGACGUCAGCAGCGUUGGGAAGGAAAACGGCUCGUCGUAAACAACCACUCAACCGUGCCGGGCGAAAAAAACGAAGUGCGUUCUGUAAUCGAUGUAAGCCAAGCCACGCCUCCCUGUCCUCAAGCUUCGACGCAUCCUGGCGCCCGUUCCGAUGAUUGACCGGGUGCUUGAGAAUAAAUUCCAAGGAUUUUCUUUUCCAGUUGCCCUUUGGCACCUCUCCCGUUGAAGGGUGUAAUCUUUUUUUCCGGCAGAAUGAUUAUCGAUGCAGUGUAUGUGUGUGUAUGUGUGUGUGUUAAUGUGUGAAAAUUCACUUACCCAACCGCAAGGACAUUGAAGGACACUGGGGUUUAGAAGACACCCUUCACCCUUCGCAUAGUUUAGGACGGUGACUUUCCCCGCUGCUUUGUCCUUUGCUUCGUCUUCGCUAUCGCUUUCUGCUGUGCAUGAGACCUUUUUCUAGUGGGGGACUUCUCAGCGCACGUGUGUGUGUGUGUGUGUGUGUGUGUGUGUGUGUGUGUGUGUGUGUGUGUGUGUGUGCGAAAACACACCCGAUGGGGUUCAACGAUGCCAUUCUCCCCGCGGUAUCGCACGCAAUCCCCCGUACGCUUUUGCCCGAAACGGCGAAGCUCGCCAAAUACCGCUUCGUCACGAACCUCGGAAUGUGUGGGCGCGUAAAUAGUGGCGUAACCUUUUUUGUCCCACGCUUGGCUCGCAACGAAUCACGCGAGCGAGUCAAUGUAGAAAUGGUUAAAUUCAAUAGUGAUGAAAUUGUAACUUCCUGUUGUUUUCACGCGACAUGUACACACGCCUGACGCGCUUUGCCUAUCUUGGAGUGAUGGACAAAACGGGCCUGCAGCCGGAUUUGAAUAGAUUCGAAUCCAGCUGCUUUCGAAUUCGAAUCCGGGUCCACUCUGGAAUGAUGGUGGGGGGGGGGGGGGCGUUAAGAGGAGUGGGAAGGGCUGUUUAAGUUCUUGGGUAAAUUGUGUAAAUCUGACUUUGCGAAAAAAAUCUUAUGUUCACAAUGUUUGAACUGAAACAAGAAAAACAUAUACAGUGGAACCCCUCAUAUCGAAUUUAAUCCGUUCCAAUGACUCACUCGUUAUCCGGGAGGCCCUAUUUCAUAUUUCUUGUAUGAAAAGAGAAAUAAUUGGUUCCAGAUCAAGAAAGGUAUAUAGGGACCGGGACAGUUAUAUAGGAAUUAUAUGCAUCACAACCAUACGGAACACCUUCAAGUGGUAACAGUAAUCUAUUGACCAAUUCUUAGUAUUGAAAUUCUCGUCUUCAUGAACAAGUAGAUCAAUAAUGCAUGCGUGUUCUACCUAUCAAUACACCUCACACUUGUGACACACAUGCUUCUUAGGGCGGUACACUAAACACAAAAAUCCUGCCCACUACCACGGCCGAAGCCGAGGAGAACCUUCAAUAUUGUCAAAUAAGAAGGAAAGAAAAGGAGCAAUUAAACUGAAGACACUAUCUGACUUACUCCACCUGUCGAUAAGCGCAGAAAAACUCUCAGCUCCGCUAUCUGAUCUGAGCUAUCUGGACGUGGAGUGAACGCACUUUUUUCGAUUGUUGUAUGACUUCGUGAGUUUUGGACUGGCAGUGGGUGGGAUAACAACCAAUGGUAUCAAUGGCGUGAGGUUGACAAUCAAUGGCAGCUCAACACUAUUGACAUUUUGAAUCAUACCAAUAUCAACAUAAAAUUUACUUUUGUGUUUUGCCUGUUAUUGUCAUUAGCUUUGCGCACUCAAGCUUAUUAGUCUGCACUAAUUUUAAAAAUAUCAGAGGCUUUUGACCAAAUGAAUGUUAAUCUCCUACAGACGUCCUUUAGUAAUACGUUUGUUAAAUUUAAUUAAUUUAAUUUUGCAUUACGUAGCUUGAACGUGAAAAUCCAGUAUCCCUUUGCUGUACAUUGUCACAUACACAUGUUGCAAACGGUGAAUACAAUUGAUGAAAAAAAUUGGUUUUAUAUUUGAGAACUAUUGUAUUGUUUUGAAUAAAAAAAAAAACAUUUAAGAUAUCCAACAAAAAACUCCAAAACAACUAAUAAUUCAUGUAGUUUAAAAUAGGUAUCUUCAAUUUUCCAAGUGCUCAUAGAACCCUACCUUAAAAAAUCGUUAUUUAAAAGGAAAAGAAAAUAAUUAUUUAGGCAACUACUUUAUCUCCAUUGACAUUUUUGAAUAAAUAAAAAUAUUUGAAUAAAAUCAAUACUGGCAAUUGAUUGAUCUGUUUAACGCAACGUUUUCAACUCCACAGCUUUUGACAGCUUACAAGUAAAAUGAGGUUUGAAGAAAAAAGGAAGACAUAGAAAAGUACUUAUUUU